AUGUCACAAGACACUCGUGAUGCGAAAUGUCGAGAAGACACUCGUGAUGCAUUGUUUGAUCAAGAGAAUGAUGGUGACAGUGGCUGCACUGACUGGACACUGCACCCCAUCUUCAACGGCGAUGACACCAACUUUUGUUACACCGACGAGUGUGAUGUUGAUGGUGAGGUCGAAGGUAAUGAAGAUGAUGACGAUGUGCUACUCGAUGUGUGUGAUGAAGACGACAACGAUGAACCACCGGUCAUGGAUGUAAUUAGGAACAACCGAGAGGCUGAAGGUUUGGAGUUCAACAUUGAGAACGAGAUCGAUCAGGCGGCCGAUAUGUUCAUCACUAGGUUUCGGAAGCGGAUGAAUCAGAGCUUCUAG